GAGACAGACGAGGCCUAUCAGGCCCGGAUGCUGGCCUGGAGUACCGAAACCAAGAGACGGGCGGAUGACGCAGCAACAGCAGCGAAGAAGAAGGCAGAGGACGCCGAGCAGGCACGUCUACUGGCACUUGAACAGCAGCGCCAGCACGACGAGGUAGCAGCAAAGGCUGAUGAUGAAGAACGAGUUCAAUGGCGGGAGAAGAUAUUUAGCGGAGAGCAAACUUUGCUCACAAUGGCAGCGGAGUGGCGGACCGAGGCCGAUAAUGGCAAGAUGGAGGAUAGCGAAAAUAARAUCGCUCUACUCCUCUCCCAUCUCACAGACCUCCUGGCGACAUGUUUUACACAGCAGGAGGACAUCCAUAGCCUCGACGACGCGCUGACUCAAGUCCACAGCCGCCUCCGGCAGCUGGAGCAGCGACCUGUCGCCGCCCCUUAUGCAAGCUCUUCCAACACCUCUGAUCGCCUCGAAGCAUUGGAGAUGGACAUCGACUCCCUCAAGGAUGCCGUGCAGUUACAGCAGACCGCAACGCAACAGUUGGAACAACGGAUCUGUACUACCGCCAACAACUCAAGUUCGGAACCGCGUGAGAUAGCUCCAAAGUUCUUCUGCGACUCGAUGAAGACAGAUCCGAUUCCAUGGUUCCACAAGUUCGAGCUCACGUUGCAGCUACACUACGUCAAAGAACACAAGCACCACGCGUACUUAUACUCCCGGUCGGGGGGCGCAUGCCAAGCAUGGUUGGACAAUCUCUUGUCCAAGUACGGAGUGGUAGCUGCCGACUUGCACACCAAGAUCAGGUGGGAUGAUUUGAAGGUGGCGUGGCAUAAGCGGUUCCAAGUAGAGCCAUCGGAGAUCAAGGCAAUGGACAAGCUAAUGGUCUUCGAACAAGACACGCUGCCGAGUGUCGACUGGAUUGCCGAGUACCAACACUUGACAUCAGUCCCAGACAUCCAGACGGGCUUCAAAGCCAUCCUCCACUAUUUCAUCUCAAGGUCAUGUCCGACAUUAAGCAAUGCCCUCACUCACGUUGAGGACACCUUGACGACAACGGCGGAACUCUUUGACAAGGUCGCGCAGAUCAUUAUCACGAACAAGGAGGCCAAGAACCUGCGUUCGUCUGCGCCAGGCCCGAUCAGAGACCAGCAUCGGCCAAGAGUGGCCGUGGUCGCGACGGCAACGCCGUUUGACCAAUCUAGCGAGGCCGUGUCUGCCAAUGAAGGGGACAGACUCGCAGCCGCCCGGGAAGUUCCUACGCUGGGUACACAAGCUCAAGGACAAGACGUGUGUGCGGCAUCUUCUCCGUCCGGCAGCGGCGACUUAUCGUCUUCAAGUGGUUCGUCACGGGAUUCGGCGCGCGAGUUCAACAUAGAGGUAUUGGACCCGCUCACGUCCGAGGACUUUGCAUGGCUUCCUCUCCCGACCACGGACCGCCUACCGGGACCGCAAUGCGCAGCACUAUGCGCUCAUCUCCACAUGUACUUAUCCUUCUAUGCACCACCAACUUCGCCGACGGAUGACGAAGUCGCGGUGGGGGACAUCCUUGCGUAUGUUACCAAGGUGGCCCGCAAGUUUCACACGCAGCGGUACGAUGACAACAACGCACCGCUCAUGUAUGUUCGCAUCCAGGUUGGGCAAGCGUCCUGCAACGUUUUGCUGGAUAGCGGCGCGUCUCGCAAUUUCAUGAGCCAAGCCUUUAUGCAAAGGGCUGGCCUUGGCGCACAAGUUCGGAGGAAGCCAAACCCGACGGCGAUCAAGUUGGCGGAUGGAAAGAUGCAGCAACUUCUCGACCGUUACAUCGAGGUCGUACCGGUGUAUUUCGCACCUCAUGCAUGCGAACCGGUGACGUUUGACAUUUUGGACACGGACUUUGACAUCAUUCUGGGAAUGCCUUGGUUUGCAAGUGCGGAUCACACGAUUAACUUCCACCGACGGACUCUUAGCGUUCGCGAUGCCUUCGGUGCCGAAGUGGCGUGUACUAUUCCUCUACCGCACACCCUUCGAUUCGGUGCCAAGUGGUGACGACCAAAUCAUUCCGGGCGACUUGCGCUUACGAUCAGCCUGAGGAGAUCAGCCUAUGUUUCCUACGGACCGUC